AUGUCGGGAGUACAUACAACAACAGCCUUUGUCAAAGCUGUCAAGGAGUGCGCUGAUUGCCUGAAGAAGAAUGUUGCCCUCGUGUAUGAAAAAGAUCCAUUUGGUAGUGACAGUGAUUCCGAACAGGGAGCCGCGGACGAGCAGAUCGCACAGCAACAAAGCAGCGGGACCGAACCGGUAGCACAAGUUCCGAAGGAAGUCGUCGUACAUGAAGCACGGAAGGUAGUUGUGCAGGAAGAAGCAGACGAUGAUGUUCGCAGUGAGGAUGAGCAGCAGGGUGCUACGACCAUCGGAGAGAAUAACUUUCUUCAGUUUGCUCUGGACGAUCUGCUCACCGAAAGCACGACGGACUUCAACCUCGACUUGUGCAAAGUCCAGGUUUCGCGGCUGUUUUCGAAAGUCCGUGUGGGAGAACGUGUUGAAGCAGCCAAGGACAUGGAACAGUGGAUGAGUGUACUGGCACUGUCCCAUACAGAGUCUGAGAUGAUGCUCAAGGAGUCGGAGGCUGUAACGGAAGCUGCGCAGCAAGGCUUGGAGGAGCGACGUCAAGAUAUCGCAACACUUGUGGGGCAAAACAACAUCAAAAUCUCGACGUUGCUGAAGGGCUUCAUGCAGAAGGUUUCGCAGUAUCGGCUUGAGACUCUUGACAUGCUCAGGGCCAAGUAUGCCAAGUCUGCCUAUGAUGAAUUCUGGGACGGACUGCAAGACACCAUAGACAAGCAAGCCACGCGACGAAGAAGCAUCAUUGAAGAAGAACACGCUGCAGAAGUGGCUGCGGAAGUCCAGCGCCGGUUAGUUGGUGACGAUACAGGAGGAGCACCUCCAGUGACUGCCGUGAACCCCAGUGUCGUUGCGGCACACAUGCUGGAGGCCAUCUCCGUACAGCAAGACGAGACGACAUACAGGAAGACGCGAUUGGAAAUGGAGAUCGGAAAGAAGAAGCAAUACGACAAUAUUCUGGCGAGUGUUGCGGGCGGAACUGAUGAUUCAGUCGAAGCUGCACCAGACCGAUCUCGUCUUUCGGAAGCUGAGAACGACUUGCUUGUGAAGGCACGGGCAGAUUCACGAAAAAUGGCUUGCGACAGUAUCCUUGCAACAGAGGAGGGAGGUCGCUUGGCGGAGAAA